AUGGGUGCCUUUACCAAACGCAAGCUCAGCAAUGCUCACCUCCCCGAGGAUGAGCGACCCCAGGUUGAGCUGGCGCAGAACCAGAGCGUCAGCCCGGAUGAGCAAAAGGUCACAGCCUUGGCCGUGGCUGCCGGCUUCACGGCCAGUCUCGGCGGCCUCAUCUUUGGCUACGUCAGUGGUGAAAUCUCUGGUUUCUUCCCCAUGAAGGAUUACUCGCGUCGAUUUGGCCAGCUCGGCGCCAACGGUCUUUACGAAUUCAGCGCGGCGCGACAGGGCACGAUUGUCGGUCUCGUCAGCAUUGGCGCCCUCAUUGGUGCCCUGAUUGCCGGCAAGAUGGCCGACAUGCUCGGUCGCAGAAUGGCCAUUUCUCUUACUGCCUUCUUCACCUGCAUCGGCACCGUCAUUGAGAUUUCUUCCAGCACGCACUGGGUCCAGUUCGCCAUUGGCCGACUCAUCACUGGUCUGAGCAUUGGUUCUCUGUCGGUCGUCGUGCCCAUGUACCAGUCCGAAUGCUCACCUGCCCCCAUCCGCGGCGUGGUUGUUUCUUCAUAUCAGCUCCUCAUUACUUUUGGUAUCUGGCUCGCCGAGAUUGUCAACUUUGGCACCGAAAAGAUGGCCAAUAGUGCAUCGUGGCGCAUUCCCAACGGCCUUUCUUUUGCCUGGGCCUUGGUUCUUGGAACACUUAUUCUCUUCUUCCCCGAGUCCCCACGAUACGCAUACGGCCGCGGUCGCACUCAAGAGGCUCGCACGACGAUUGCCAAACUCGCUGGUCUGCCAGAAAACUCAGUCACCGUCGAACACCAGAUCAACGACCUUCAGAACAAAAUCAACGAGGAGAGUGAACUAUCAAAGGAAUUCAGCUUUUUCGAAAUCUUUACUGGACCACGAAUGUUCUACCGAACCAUACUGGGUAUUACCCUAGGAGCUGGACAGCAGCUCGUCGGCGUCAACUAUUUUUUCUAUUUUGGAACAACCGUCUUCGCAUCUACCGGUCUUAGCAACAGUUACGUCACCCAGCUUAUCCUGGGAUCUGUGAACGUGGUUGCCACUAUCGUGUCCCUCUGGAUUGUUAGCAGAUACGGAAGACGUCCUAUCCUCAUGAUGGGUGCGGGCUGGAUGUCCAUGUGCUUCUUGAUCUACGCAUUCGUCGGACACUUUGGUGACCCUUCGAAUAACUCGACAACCGGUAGCGUCUUGAUCGUCUUCUCUUGUCUUUCCAUUGUCGCUUUUGCCGUCUCCUGGGGCCCGGUCGUCUGGGCCGUCAACUCGGAGCUGUACCCUCUCCGCUACCGCAGUGUCUGCAUGGGUCUGGCUACUGCCGCGAAUUGGUUCUGGAACUUUAUGCUGUCAUUCUUCACCCGCUUCAUUACUGACAAGAUUGACUACCUCUAUGGCCUCGUCUUUGCCGGCUGCUGUGCUGCCUUGGUCGUCAUUGUCUUCUUCUUCGUCAUUGAGUCCAAGGACCGCACUCUGGAGGAAGUCGACCUCAUGUACAUUCAGCACGUUAAUCCAAUCACUUCUGCCAAGUGGGAAAGCGGCGCUUACCACAAGGAGGGUCGCAGCACUGGCGUGGAUGCCUCUCCUAGCGCUGAGGCGUAA